AUGGCUGACGAAAAUCACGGAUUAUCCGACAACGCCAUCAUGGGCGCGCACGACAUGAUCCACCAUGCCGAGCAAGAAGAACAUGAGUACGAAGCCGCUAUGAAGAGAGGAAUCUCGGAUGAAGCCGCAGAGGCUGAAUACGACCUGAUGCACGGCGCCGAGGAGCGGGCCGCCCGGGAUGAGAGGAGACGUCGCGGCUCCUUCAACAAGGUCAAGAGGACCUUAGAAAAGCUCAUCCCCGGUAAACAUUGA